ACCGCCGCCAUGACAGAUGUUCCGUCGAUGCUAGCGAGGCAAGAAAAUGGACGCUUCCGGUCUCCAACCGACUGUGCUUUCAGCGGCGGCUAAUUCGCUCACCAUUUUCCUAUAAUAAGACACUCACGUCUAAAUGCUACUAUUUUCUUCGAGGGGGCAGUUCGCUAAUUAGACAAGUUACCGUCGUAAUUUCUUGCCGUUUUUGUGGUUUAGCUUUCAAGCUAGCCGCAACUGUUAGCUGGCUAAAGUACGAGGCUAGCGCGACGCCUCUGGUGUUAAUAUUUGUUUUAUAUGUAUGCCCCCCCCCCCCAACAAAAAGACAACGCUUACAGUGACACAGAUUUCCGCCGCUAAAGGUAUAAAAGGUACAAGUGGUAGGAAAUGGAUGGAUGGGAUGGAUGGCCUGGAUGUGAUCAGAAGGUGCUGGGGAGGGAAAGGACGGCUGCUGGCGAAAGGCUCCCUUUUGACCCAUAUUUUAGCUCUGAAGCAAGAAAGAGACCUAUUUUUUGUGAUGAAACAGAACAGCCCAUGAGGAAGAUGCCCAUGCCCGAGUUUGGUUCCUGGCAUGGAUUUGAGCCUGUGCAUUUUGUGAGCAGCGGAGGAGGAGCAUAUGGCGCUGACGAGAAGGAGAACGAUAAGGAGCCCAGAAGGAGUGAUCCGUACGCCGGGUGGGACAGGGAAUAUCCACACGCUUCCCACAGCAGCAGUGGCAGAGCUCAAAGCUCCUUCCUUAAUCCUGCUUUUGACCAAGUGCAGCCAUACACUUCUGACUCUUGGGGUUCCCAUAGGGAUCAAGACUCGGAGAGAAACUCUGGCGCCUCUUUCGGUGGUGCAGUUGGUUUAGGUUACAGGGGCCACGGAUCCUCAUCAAACUUCAUGACAAAGAUACAGCAGGAGUACUCAAACAAGUAUGAUGCCCACAGUUCUCAAAACUUAGAUAUGUACUCACAACCACACAGUUACAAUGAAUACAGGAGAGGGAACAGACCGGACUCCGGACGUCAAGGUUUAGGGUAUGAUCACCAGGACCCCCAAUCAUCCACCCCGCCUCAUAAUGAUCACCAGGACCCCCAAUCAUCCACCCGGCUUCAUAAUGAUCACCAGGACCCCCAAUCAUCCACCCGGCCUCAUAACCGAGCAUCUGCCACCUCUCAGCUGGGGGUUGCAUCGCAGCCCCUCCCUAUCUCUCAGGGCACACUAGUUGAGAAGAAAUUAGCUAUGUACUCACAACCACACAGUUACGCCACCCGGCCUCAUAAUGAUCACCAGGACCCCCAAUCAUCCAUCCGGCCUCAUAACCGAGCAUCUGCCACCUCUCAGCUGGGGGUUGCAUCGCAGCCCCUCCCUAUCUCUCAGGGCACACUAGUUGAGAAGAAAUUAGCUAUGUACUCACAACCACACAGUUACGCCACCCGACCUCAUAAUGAUCACCAGGACCCCCAAUCAUCCAUCCGGCCUCAUAACCGAGCAUCUGCCACCUCUCAGCUGGGGGUUUCAUCGCAGCCCCUCCCUAUCUCUCAGGGCACACUAGUUGAGAAGAAAUUAGCUAUGUACUCACAACCACACAGUUACGCCACCCGGCCUCAUAAUGAUCACCAGGACCCCCAAUCAUCCAUCCGGCCUCAUAACCGAGCAUCUGCCACCUCUCAGCUUGGGGUUGCAUCGCAGCCCCUCCCUAUCUCUCAGGGCACACUAGUUGAGAAGAAAUUAGAUAUGUACUCACAACCACACAGUUACAAUGAAUACGGGAGAGGGAACAGACCGGACUCCGGACGUCAAGGUUUAGGGUAUGAUCACCAGGACCCCCGAUCAUCCACCCGGCCUAAUAAUGAUCACCAGGACCCCCAAUCAACCACCCGGCCUCAGAAUGAUCACCAGGACCCCCAAUCAUCCACCCGGCCUCAUAAUGAGCACCAGGACCCCCAAUCAUCUAGCCGGCCUCAUAACCAAGCAUCUGCAACCCCUCAGCUGGGGGGUGCAUCACAGCCCCUCCCUAUCCCUCAGGGCACGUUAGUUGAGAAGAAAAGGCUCAUUGCCACUUUGGCUUCUGCAGUGACUAGUAGUCUUAGGGAUCCUAAGUACGUCACUUCCACUCACACUUCAGUUUACAGCGUCUUGUUGAGUCGCUGCAUUCAAUCGUGCAAGACCAACCCGCAGUACAUUUACGUCAAUCUGAAAGAUAUUCCUCAGGCCGACCUACCCAAGAACCGCAAAGUGCCGGCGGAAGGCUAUGCCUGUGAGCUGAGGAUUCAGGGUGUGUAUCUGGCCACAGGAUACUCUGGAAGUAAAAACGGCGCAAGGGACCGCGCCUCUGAGUGCGCUGUCAAACUUUUUAUGAAGCCUGUGACGGUCUGUACGGUGUCGCGCAAGUACAACCACACAGUGUUCGAUGAUGUGGUUGUGCGGCAUAGAAACAUCUUCACUCCUGCCUUCCCACCUGCCCUUGGGAAACCAGAGAACAUCGGAGACCCCAGCUUUAAGGGCCCCUACGAGCCCGACAUGACGAAGCACUGGACAGAGUUUGUGGUUCAGGAGAACGCCCAAGAUGCCAUCUGCAUACUCAAUAACUCUGCAGCCUUCUGUCACAUGAAGGUAGAUUACAAGUUUGAGCAGCUGCCCAACGCUUCGUGGCAAUGCAGCGUUUAUGUGCAGGAUGAAAUGGUUGCACAGGCCACUGGAAACAAAAAGAGCUCCAAGCAUUUCGCGGCAGUAAGAGCAGUAGAAAAGCUACGAAUGAACCAGGCGUCAUGCCAAAAAAGAUUCUCCCAGCAGCCGCAUCAAAAGCCGCAGAUAACAUGGAGAAAUCAUCAGUCAGUAUCAGGUUGGCAGUUUCGACAGCGUGGCUCAAAAGAUAAACAUCUGAGUGAGUUGGUUAUCUUUGAAAAUUCGGACAAUGCCAUUUGCAUCAUCAACGACACGGCUCAGUUUAACAAAAUACCAGCCGACUACAAGUUCACACAAGAACCCGAUAAUAACUGGAAGUGUGAAGUCUACCUGGCAGGACAGUUUGUGGCAGCAGCUGUCGGAGGUAGAAAGCAGGUGAAGCACACUGCAGCAGAGGAGGCUUUGGCCACAUUGAAGCAGACGCAGGCCGUGGUCAAGUCCAACCUGAGAAAGGAUGGUCACAAUGACUCCAUAUCCCGCUCUCAGAUCAAGGGUCGUUCUGAGGAAGAGGCCAUAAAGCAGGAGAUAAAGGAAGACAACAUCGGGAACCAGCUGCUGCGUAAGAUGGGGUGGAAGGGAGGCGGCUUGGGGCGAGACGGAGAGGGCAUUGCAGAGCCCAUCAGAGUCAAGAAGCAGUUCUCCAGGGAGGGUUUAGGCUUGGACAGUGACAAAGUCAGCAGCCAGCUCAGCAAACAGGACAUGGAGGACAUCAUUCGCAAUUACGUCAGUUCAAACCGCCAGGACGACCUCCGCUUCGCCGCCGACCUGACCAGUGAGGAGCGCAAGCAGAUCCACCAGAUGUCGCUACAUUACGGCCUAAGGAGCAAGUCGUACGGACAGGGGAGUCAGCGAUUCCUAGUGGUCAGUCGCAAAGUUGACGCAAACCUGCUCAUUGGUCAGCUCCUACAGGAAGGACAGGUGGGACGAUAUGAACUUGUAAAACCUCAGAACUCGGAUUGAUUUACACGAACAAAUCACUGCAGUCCAUUUGUGUGAGAUAAAGCCAGUCAUGAUAUGGACUCUUUCAGGUAACGCCUGGGGUAGGGCUGCCCAAUAAUCACAUUUGAAUCACGGUCACUAUUAAUGGCUGCCACGAUGAAAUCAGGAUGCUCUAAAACAUUUUGAGAGUGGGACCAAAAUAACGAUGCGUAUUUCAUAGGGAUGUAACGUUACCAAAAUGUCACAGUACGAUGUUUUAAGGCCAUGGAAUGAUAUUGUGAAAUUGUCCCAAAAAAUAAAAAAAUCAUGGUAAAAAUGUCAGUGUUAAAGUGGCAGGAAUGUUUAGGAUAAACACACUAUAAUUGAACACAAACAUAAUGGUCAAAUGCUCUAAUCUAAUUUAUUACUGCAAACUUGUAUUUUUAAGUGCAGAGAAUUGUGCAGAAACGUCCACACAUUAGCUUCAAAUAUAUUUUCCGCGUGAUGGUUUAUCCAGUAGCUUGUCAUAUCUUCUUUGAUGUGCAAUGUCUGCUUUCCCUCCACGGCUGUGCACCACGACACGCGCUCUGUCGGCUUGGAAACGCAUGAAACAAUGGUACCACUUUAGUACGCAGGGUUUCUUUCUCUGUCAGCAAUAUAACUAAAACAGUUAUGAAUGGAUUUUGAUGAAAUGUUCAGGAAAUGUCCAUUCUAAACAAUUCCUCUUUUCUACUACGGACACAGGUCUCUCCCUUGCAAAGAAGGAUUAUGGGAAAUGUAGUUUAUUUUUUACAUCGGCCAAUUUCAAAAGCGCCAGGCAAAAAAACUACACUCACCAAGUUUUUGUUUGACACCGUCAGACAUCACAGCAUUAUUGUGACUUCUUUGAAACCUUAAUAUUUACAAUGCCGUUACAUCCCUAGUAAUAUUUUAAGUUUAAUUUUGAACUGAUAUCCAAUUUUGAUUUCAAUAUUGAUAAAAAUAAUCAUUUUGGCCAUAAUUGUGCAGCCUUAGCCCAGGUGGGGUAGAGUUCCUGCAAAAAGCCCUUUUUCUGCCUCUCGAAAAACCUUACAUUUCUUUGCACAUACUUGUUAUAAGUACUACAUCUUGAUUUAUGUUCGUACCAAGCCGGAAAUAAGACUAUUCACUGUGUUAGCAUCUACCACGAGGCGAUUCAAGCGACUGAUGGUAGUAUGGCCCCGUGAACUGUGAUGGGAGUAAUGCAUCAUGCAAUACUCAACUGUCGUUGCGCUUUUUCCUGGUCAUUGUACGCAAGUUACUCCUUCUGUUUAAUGGCAGACUGUAGAUGUGAAUAAACUUAAACUGAUAU